AAGAGUCGGAACCACCAUGGAGGAUUAUCACCGCCACAGCGACGAGACUGGCUUCAAUGCUGAUGAAGUGCACAAUAUUGUCAAAGAGUGUGUAGAUGGGGUCUUAGGAGGCGAGGACUACAAUCAGAAUAACAUCAACCAGUGGACUGCGAGCAUAGUAGAGCAGUCCCUAACACAUUUGGUUAAGCUGGGGAAAGCUUACAAAUACAUUGUGACCUGUGCAGUGGUCCAGAGGAGUGCCUACGGCUUUCACACAGCCAGCUCAUGUUUUUGGGAUACCACUUCUGAUGGAACCUGCACUGUAAGAUGGGAAAACCGAACCAUGAACUGCAUUGUUAAUGUUUUUGGCAUUGCAAUUGUUCUGUAACUGACUAAAAAUGUUGGGCUAAAGCCAGUAACUUAAGAAUUUGUCAGUGUAUCCUUUCUAAAAAGAGUAAUAGUUAAUUAUUAAUGUGCUAAAUGACAAGUGUGCAAUAUGCUUCCAAGCUAUCAACAAAAACUGAAUUAUUAUAAGCAAUUUGGCAAAUUAGUUACUAUCCUAUACAGCAGCAUUUAAAUAGGAAAAAUUGAAUGUUAGCAAAAAAUAAAUGCAGAAAUAUGGCAUGACAUUAAAAAUAUAACCUUAUAUUUACACCAGCUUUUCACUAACAUCAUUAUGCCCCUAAGGGGAUGGGAAAAAUCAUUCAAUAAUAAAAUUAUCUUUCCGCUAGGGAGUUUAACAGGGAUAUAAAUAUGUGAACAAAAAAGCUGCAAGUAUAAAUGUGGAGAAAAAUAUGAAUAAGUUCAUACCUCUUAAUUUUUUUUCUUCCCUUCAUUUAGUUGUAUAUAAUACUUAAUGGAAAGUACUUUUGUUUACUUCUGAGAACUGGUAAAUUUAAAUUCAUUUUUUUAAAAAAUUCAAUUUCUUGUAUUUGUAAUUGAGGUUGAAUUAAAUCCAAUAAUCCAGACUUCCUGGUUAAGCAAAAUUACUUGCAGUGUUUGAUAAACAUGACUCAGACAACUGCCUUACAAUCCACUCCUUCUGUGUGGCACAGACAUUGAUUGAAUGUCUGUUGUGAGCAUAUUUGU